AUGCUGAGGGAAAAUCCGCGGCCAGUCCUCCAGGUUGGCACCUCGCCAAGGAUGCCGUUGCGUGAGCAGCUAAAAAAUUUUUAUUUCCUUUUUUUUGGAUCUAAUUUUAAUCGGUGCAUUGUGGCGGCGUCUCUCAUGCUUUUGUUGAUCAGUUUCGUUAGCACUGCAUCUGUCUCAACACUUUGGUACCAUGUUAUGGAGGGCAUAUUGACAUUUCUUUUUGCGGGUGAGAUCGCUCUUCGACUUGCUGUGAUGCGUAGUAACUUUUGGGAGUCGGCUUAUAAUAUUUCAGAGGUGGUGGCUUGUGUUCUCUGUAUUACCAUCUUCUUUAUUCUUCAUUUUUCGCGUCAGCAGUCUUCACGGGCGGAGCACCAAGUGCUUAUCAUUUUGCGCUAUCUUGGCCAGUUACUGCGGAUGAUAGGUGUUGUUGCUGCAGACACCAUGGUUUCGACAAGUGGCGAGGGUGGCAUUCAGCUUUUUUCUGCAAAUAGUACAAAGCCUUCUUCAACGGAUUUGAGGGAGACGUACCGCGAUGUACUGUAG